UAUAAAUUGUACGGACACGCGGAAAGCCUCACGUUUAGUGUCGGCUUUGUGGAAUAUUGUUUGCCGGUCUGUGAAUGUUAAAUGCGGCGUUUCAUUUCGUCCUACAGAAAAUUAACAUGCGCUAUUCUUCGUUUGCGAUUUGUUGAUGUUGAGUUGGCAUUUUGGAUGAGACUCCAAAUAUAGUUGCGCGGUAGAACAGCUCUGCCACUGCUAAAGAGGUGAUGCAGUAUCUCUGAAAUAAGAAAAGACAACAGUAAGCGAGAUGACCCUGCGUAGAGUGAACGUGCUCAUCCUCGUGCUGCUUUCAAUAGCCUUUUUAAUAAUUUUGCAUCGGAAUCUGCUCAAUCUCAGUGACUUCCUAAAGCAAGAGGAUUCAGAUGCAGCAGCAGGCAUGAUACUGCCCUUUGAAUCUGGAUUCUUUGCUGAUCAUAAGAUCCGAACAGGAGAGGAGAUCCCGGUAGUGAUCACCGCCGCAGAGGAGAGGCUGGGGGCAGUGGUAGCUGCCAUGAACAGCAUCAACCGAAAUACUGGCGCCAACGUGGUUUUCAACAUUGUGACACUUAACGAAUCUGUGGCACAUCUCAGGGCUUGGUUGACGAAGACCGACAUCAAACAUAAAAUCAUUACAUUUGAGCCAAAGAUCCUUGAAGGGAAGAUUUCCAAUGACCCUCAGAAGGCAGAUUUGGUGAAACCGCUGACCUUUGCUAGAUUCUACAUGCCAUUGUUCAUCCCCGAUGCAGAAAAAGUGAUUUACCUGGAUGAUGAUGUUAUUGUACAAGGUGAUAUCCGGGAGCUUUUUGAGACGAGCCUGAAGGCUGGACAUGCCGCUGCGUUUUCUGACGACUGCGACUCUGCGUCCUCCAAAGGCUUUGUUAGAGGAGCGGGAAACCAGAACAAUUACAUUGGCUUUUUGGAUUUCAAAAAAGAUGCCAUAAAGAAACUUGGAAUGAAAGCAAACACAUGCUCUUUCAACCCUGGCGUUAUCGUGGCAAACCUAACUGAGUGGAAACACCAGAAUAUUACAAGGCAACUCGAGCAGUGGAUGCAGCUGAACGUCAGGGAAGACCUCUACAGCAGAACCCUAGCAGACAGCUUCACCACCCCUCCCUUACUUAUUGUGUUCUACAAGCACCACUCCAGCCUGGACCCUAUGUGGCAUGUCCGACACCUCGGAGCUGUUGGAGCUGGAAAUCGCUACUCUCCACAGUUUGUGAGAGCUGCCAAACUUCUCCACUGGAACGGACAUUAUAAGCCAUGGGGGAGAGCCGCCUCCUUUUCUGACAUUUGGGACAAGUGGUACAUUCCAGACCCCACUGGUAAAUUUCAUCCAAUCAGAAGACACCCUGGGGACAAGUAGGGUCGGAAUCAAGAUCUGAACAACGCACAGCUACUGCCUCACGCUCGGACAGCCUGUGACGUUGUCAGAACAUGGGUGCGGUGCUAUAAUCAGACUAUCAGAACACAGGUGCAGUGCUGUAAUUUUGCAAUUCUGCAAAUGGUGUUUUAAGGGUAGUCAGGGAUUCAAUUAAUGCGGCUGCUUCCGUCACGUCCUUUCUGAGGAAUGUAUCUUUGGAGGGGAAAAAAAAACAAAACACAAUGCUGAAUAUUUAGGAAUGAUUUUUCCCUUCAAUCAAUUACACUAGUGCUUAGAUUUGUGCACACGACACAAUCUCCAGUAAAACACUACCUCAGCCGUCUCCUGUACAUUUAAUGAGGAAUGGUCCAGCUUCUCCUCUUUAAGGACAAUACUUUAUUACACUAGGUUCUCCCAGUGUUCAUUUAUUUUGGUGAUAUUUCCCCAUACAAUGCUGACACUGCGACCUGUUUCAUUGAAAGUUAAUGAGAUGCAUUCCCCCCCCCCCCUUUUUUUUUUUUCUUCUUCUGGCUUGCCAAACAUGGAACGGAACCACUGCAGCAGAUCUGUCACAUUGAUUGCUUUUUUUUUUUUUUGCACUAAAUAUUGAUUUGCUUACAGUGUAAAGUGAAAGUAUGCAUGCAUGUCAUUCUGUAAUUAUUAAAUGCAAGUUAAAGCCCACAGCAGCAGCAUUCCCACUACAGUAUCAGUUGAUACUCCUGUUAAGAACUGGGCCGUUUUAUAUACAGAGAAGCUAUUAAUUGUUUCUGUAUUGAACAUCACUGAGUAAAGUCAAUAAUCAUUUGUA